CACGGCUGGUGCGCGAGUCCAGUAAGCCGCGAGACCCGGCGCAGAGUGCGCGAGCGCAAGUACAAUCAUGUCACGACGCCAUCUUGUUUUCGAACACGUUUUGUUGGAAACUCAAACAGUGUAAAAAUGUGCUUCAAAGUGACUUGCAACAAUUUUGGACACACCUAGAGGACUUCUAAUGAUUUCUAACAGAUAAAAAAUUCAUCAACAAACCAGUAACCCUGAAGUGUUAAAACAGAUUUAGUGAAACUCGUCACUGUUGAUGUGAUAAUAUUGGAAUAAAGUGUUAGUGAAGUGAUGUUAGUGGAUUGCAGUGUUAGUGCACCGAUGAGGCGGCGUCGAUGUCGUUUCGUACUAAACACGAAGGUCGUGUGACGUGAAAAUGUUCGUUUUAUACUAUUGGAUUAUCAUUGCAGGAUGUUUGACAUUCGGUGCAGCUCAGAUCCCUGGGUAUAACAUCCCCACCAUCAUCCGGGUGGACCGCAACUGGUUCGUGAUGCCCACUGACCCGGUGGGGUCGGUAGUGACCCGCGUGCACCGCGAGCGGACCUGGAACCAGAACGUGACCUUCGGCCUGGAGACCUCGGGCCCGCCGGUGCCGUUCACCAUCAACCCUCACAACGGAGUCGUCACUGUCAACGACACGCUUCAAGACAAGGAAAACUGUUCGUAUUCGCUAUGGGUGACAGUAUUUGACGGAUUCAUACCGCAGCGGACGGAAGUGUUAGCCACCAUCACAGACAAUUUGGGUCAACGACCGAUCCCUCAUCCGCCGCCGCCGUGGUCAAACUACCCCAUACCGUUGCCGAUGCCGCCACCAAACUACCAAAGCACGACGCCAAGUACGACGCCAAGCACAACCAAAGCGACUGAAAGUCUCAUAGAAGAGUUCACAACAGUACCUGAAAUAACAGUAGUCACAACACUAAUUCCAUCCAAACGACCAGAACCAACCCAACUAGAACAUACAACGAUAAAGACAAUUAAUGUUGAAGAAAUUAAAAAUGCAUCAGAUGCGACCGAGGAGCAAACUUUAGGAAGUGAUGUACCAUUAACAGUUAUACCUGUGAUUGCGAUAGGCGGACUGGUGAUUAUCGUAGCUGCAGUCAUACUGUUUGUUUGGAAGAAGAAUAACAGUUCCAGUAAAUCAAAAAGCAAAAAAGACGACAUGAGCAAAGACGCGAGCGGUAUAGUCCUCCAAGAUUCUUCGGUAAACUUGUGGAACCGACCGCGGACAUACUCCAACCGUUACGAAUCCUGGGACAACAACCAUUUGCAGAUGUCGGAUGAAACAACAAUUACGAAAGAAGAGCCUUCUGACGAAUGGGAGUUCCCCCGGCAUCGACUCCGGGUCUUCAAUAUCAUCGGAGAAGGUGCUUUCGGUCAAGUGUUUAGAGCCCAAGCUGUUGACAUCGAUGGCAAAAAAGGCGAACAAAUAGUGGCAGUGAAGACCCUUAAAGAAAACGCAUCAGAAAAGGAGAAGACAGACCUUAUCCAGGAGCUCAUCGUGAUGAAGAACCUGGGCACCCAUCCCAACGUGGUCCGACUCAUCGGAUGCUGCACUGAAAAGGAACCUACUCUGGUGAUAAUGGAGUUCGUGAGUGUGGGCAAGCUGCAGCAGUUCCUGCGCGACUCCCGAGCUGAGCGCCACUACGGCAAUACGCACGGGAGUCAGUUCCUCACUUCCAGGGACCUCACGCACUUCGCCUUCCAAAUCGCGAGGGGGAUGGAGUUCCUUAGUUCCAAAGGGAUAAUACACAGAGAUUUAGCAGCUCGGAACGUUUUGAUCACUGAGGAGAGGACGUGUAAAGUGGCCGAUUUCGGAUUAGCGAGGGAUGUGGGCGGCACUCACGUGUAUGAGAGGAAAAGUGAUGGCCGAUUACCGAUCAGAUGGAUGGCGCCAGAGUCCCUUUACGAUGACAUAUUCAGCGUGAAGUCUGACAUUUGGAGCUUUGGGGUGCUGCUGUGGGAGAUAGUUACCCUCGGCUCCACCCCCUACCCGGGCAUGUCUGCUGGGGACGUCAUGAGAAAGGUUCACAGCGGCUAUCGUCUAGAGAAGCCGGAGCACUGUCGGCGGGAGCUGUACAACAUCAUGUACUACUGCUGGGAAGCGAAGCCCACAGACCGGCCCGACUUCAAGGAGGUGGUCGCCAUGCUGGAACGCCUACUCUGCACCGAGACCGACUACAUUGAGCUGGAGAGGUUCCCAGACCACUCCUAUUACAACGUGCAGCACCUUGAAGGCGAGAAACUGUAAUCGUGAACUAUUGUCGAAAAAGGGGUGAGGUGUUGAAGAGGUUUCCAGACCACUCUUACUACAGCGUACAGUAGCACGAAGUCGAGAAACUUUAUAGUGAACUGUUGUUGCACCUUGAAGGUUAGAACAAUAAUAAUAAUGAAUUGUUGUCCAUAAAGAGGUUUGGUGUUAGACCCAGGGCUUGAAACCGGUUUCAAAAAUACCGAUAAAUAAAAGUUAAUACCGGUUUUUAGCAAAGGUUUCGUUUGGAGCGCACCCGAAAUGAAAGCGGUACCUUAAUAAACCGGUUUAAUCCAGACCGACACGUGCACGCGUCGGCAUCACUUGAAGUUUUGUUUGAACUUAUCAAAUCACAACUUGUUAAUGCUCAGAGAUUGAUGCAUUUAUUGACACGUUUGCUAGCGUCUAGUGAGACAAGUUAUUCAUUUUGUAGUUGUUUAUAUAAUUCAGCCGUCAGCAAAAUGAAACCCUUUAAAAACCGCUAAAUUGAUUCAAAACCUAUUUGAUAUCGGUGUUUAGGAACACCGGUUUUUUAAGGUUAAUGUAGAGCCAAACCUAAAUAAAACGCUCCUAAUGUACUUGACACUGAUUUUGGUUUAAAAAUUAACCGGUAAACAAGCCUUGGUUAGACCGACUACGCAGAGCUGAAGAGGUUCCUAAACCACUGUUAUUACAGCGAACAGCAGCUCGAAGGCGAAACUCUGUAUAGUGAACUGUUGUCCAAAAAAAGUUUAGGUUUAAAGCUAGUAUAAGUUACGAGACCACUCAGUGGAUAUGACA